AUGCUGGUGAACUUACAGUCUCUUGCCGUUUUGAACUGUAAAUUGCCGGUGUCUUCAGCAACUUGCCGCAAAUUAAAUGUGAGCGCAACGUACGACGACUAGAACACCUCGAUGUGAUAAGUUCGUCAACAAAAUCGGCAACGGAAUCGAGGCGACCAACAUGAACGUUCCAGAAUUGACCCGCCAUGAGCUCGCUCCCAGAGAAGUUGUGCUUCUCGCCGCCUCGUCCGACGCGGUCAGCUACGGACAGGAGGAAACCAACUACGGCCACAUCACAAUCGAGUGGACCAACAAUACGGAGCGAUGGAGCCGUCAAACAGUUCUGUCGGUUCUAUAG